AUGAAUAGAUACGCUUCUCAUGCUGGUUCUUGGUAUACUGGAAACGCCUCGGUUUUGAAUGAGCAACUUUCUGAAUGGCUGGGAAAUGUUCCUCCAACGACUGAAAAUGGCGUUCCAAUCCCAGUAAAGGGCGCUCGUGCCGUAAUUGCUCCAAAACGCGUCUUUAUCCUGGGCCCUUCGCAUCAUAUUUACCUGUCAAGUUGUGCUCUUUCUCGGUGUACAGAAUACGAAACUCCAUUUGGAAACCUUAUUCUAGACGCUGAAGCUAUCAAAGAACUGCGAGAUACCGGCCAUUUUACAGACUUAACAAAGAAAGAUGAUGAAGCAGAGCAUAGUAUUGAAAUGCACCUACCUUAUAUCUACAAAAUUUUUGAGAGCAAGAUCAAUUCUAUAAAGAUAGUACCAGUGUUAGUGGGUGGAUUGUCAACGUCGCAAGAAGAAUUCUACGGACGAUUGUUGAGUCGAUACUUGGCUGACCCAAAUAAUCUUUUCGUUAUUUCAUCUGAUUUCUGUCACUGGGGCCAACGAUUCCGAUACACGUAUUACUCGAGCGAUCCAAAUCUGGCUGUUAAAUUAACACAUAAAUCCAAAGACAAACUUAUAAUUCCAAUAUAUCAAUCCAUUGAGAAUCUCGACCGUCAAGGGAUGUCAAUUAUAGAAAGUAUCGAUCACCAAGAAUUUGCUUCUUAUCUGUCAAAGACACGAAAUACAAUUUGUGGUCGGCAUCCAAUUGGCGUGUUAAUUUCCGCUGUUCAGGAAAUGCAAAAGAAUACAAAUAACACAUCAACAAUGAUAAGAAAUCCCGAAAUCCGCUUUGUCCACUAUGCACAAUCUAAUCAGGUGACUGAUGUACUUGAUAGUAGUGUAAGCUACGCUUCGGCUUACGUUUAUUUGCCAUAA